GGUGGGAGUGCGCCGCGCGUUUACGGUCUCCACCGCCGCUCUUGCUGAUGUGGAAGCCGCGCGCGGGCCGUGGAAGGAGAGAGGUCUCAUCUCUGUCGUCCCUUCAUUCCGAUCGUAGAACAGACGCCUCGUAGAUUCAUCGUCGAGCGAUUCUUCGGUCGACGAUCCGUCCCCUUUUCUGUGUCACUCCAUUGUUUCUUCUCUCUUUUCCCCCUUCGCCUCCAGUGCACGGUCUCCGUGGAAUGCGGGCACUCAUGCUCCUCCAAAUUCUGAUCGGUUUCUCCAUCCUGGCGACGGCGAUCCCGAAGCAGGCGAUCCCGGACGGCGAGCAUCGCGUAUUGAACAAGGAUGCAAGCAGCAAAGAUCACUAUGUCCACUCCCAACACAAUCCGGCGUACGAUCACGAGGCUUUCCUCGGAGAAGAGGCGAAAACCUUCGAUCAGCUGACUCCUGAGGAGAGCACCAGGCGCCUGGGGAUAAUCGUCGACAAGAUCGACAAGGACAGCGACGGCUACGUGACGCAGGAGGAGCUCAAGGACUGGAUAAUGUACACGCAGCAGCGUUACAUCAGGGACGACGUGGAGCGUCAGUGGAGGUCCCACAAUCCGACGGGGAAGGAGAAACUGUCGUGGACGGAGUACAAGGACAUGGUUUACGGCGACAUGGAGGAGCAGGAGGCGGAGAAGCGGGACGGCGACGAGGCCGACAACUCGUUCUCGUAUAUUCAAAUGUACAAGAGGGAUCGCAGAAGGUGGACCACCGCGGAUCUGGAUGGCGAUGACCAUCUGACCAAGGAGGAGUUCACCGCCUUCCUUCACGCGGAGGACGCGGAGCACAUGAAGGACGUGAUAGUGCUGGAAACGAUGGAGGAUAUCGAUAAGGAUAACGACGGCAAGAUAUCCCUCAUAGAGUACAUCGGCGACAUGUACAGGGGCGAGGAAGGUGAGGAGGAGCCGGAGUGGGUGAAGAACGAGAAAGAACAGUUCUCCUUGUACAGGGACAAAGAUGGGGACGGAUUCUUGAAUGCUGACGAGGUGAAAACGUGGAUCAUCCCAGCGGAAUUCGAUCACGCCGAGGCGGAGUCGAGGCACCUGAUCUACGAGGCGGACACAGAUGCGGAUCACAAGCUGACGAAGAGCGAGAUCUUGGAGAAAUACGACAUCUUCGUCGGAUCCCAGGCGACGGACUUCGGCGAGGCGUUGGCGAGGCACGAUGAGUUUUAAUUUAAUUUAAAAUAAAAGGUGUAAUCUCAUAAGAAAGCUAAAGAAUCACUAACGAACAAAUGACUUAUAAUACUUAAAUCUCUACUUAAGAUCUAUCUAGUUUAUCUACGAAGAAGAAUAUUUAUAUAUUUGCUCUAAUAAAUAGAUGUGUUUUUAUAUAUCGUGGAAAUAUUUGCAAUAAUUGAUAUCGUAGAAAGAAGGAGGAAGUGCAUGGAAUCCUGUAUCUGCCAAAAAUUGUAAAGCUUGAUGCUUUCGAAACUAAGCUGUUGUUACAAUAAAUUUUUUAUAUUGCCAUUGUA